UAUGAUAUCAGACUGACGUAUCGGAACUGUGUUCUAUAGACAAAGCUAAAUUUUCCUGACAUGACCAGAGGUUCUAUUAUCAGUUUAGGAAUAGCAAAUCCAGUGUUCCGUCCAAACACAGAUGAAGAAGGUGUUUUCGACAAUGACGGUUUCGUGGACCAUGAGAAGGUAGAAAUAGGUGUCCCAUCGGUUCAAGAGAAAUCAGAAGCAGACACUGCUUCAACAGCUCCGACUGAGUUGAAAGCUAGUCUCAACCUGGGACACGCCGUGUCAUUGGCAGUUGGCCAAACUAUCGGUUCAGGAAUAUUCGUAUCGCCGAAUGAUGUGGUGAAACAAGUCGGAUCAAUUGGAAUGUCACUCACUAUCUGGCUCAUCUCAGGGACACUGUCUAUGUGCGGUGCUUUAACGUUCUGUGAGUUGGGGACCAUGUUCAAAAGGAGCGGGGGAGAGUACCAAUACAUCAAGGCUGCGUACGGCAAACUCGCAUCAUUUCUCUAUUUGUGGGUGUGUGGGGUCAUCAGAAACGGUAUGGGCUGUGCUGCUAUCUCGCUCACAUUUGCUCAUUACUUCAUGGAUCUGUUCAUGGACGAGGACGAUCCCGGCUUCGUAAUCGCUAAGAAAUCUGCAGCUACUGCAGCUAUAUUGAUAAUAAUAGCUGUGAACGUUUGGAGCACUAAGAUCGGUUUGUGGAUGCAGAACAUAUUUACAGUUCUCAAGCUGGGAGCUCUGUCUGUUCUUAUCAUUAUGGGCAUUUACUUCAUUUGUGCUGGUAAAACGCAAAACAUUAAUAAGAACUGGUUUGAAGGAACUACAAUCGAUUUCCCAAAAUGGACGAACGCUUUCUUCGCCUCACUUUGGGCCUACAGCGGCUGGAAUUGUAUAAACAUGAUGUCUGGUGAGAUAAAGAACUCUACUAAAACAGUCCCCCGAGCUCUAGUCAUAACAAACGUGAUAAUGAUCAGCAUCUACCUAGUAGCUAAUAUUGCUUACCACACUAUUCUGCCAAUAAAGGUUCUCAGGAAUGAACGAGCUAUAGCUGUGGUAAUUUUCUGGCAUAUUGACAAUAUUCUCACCUUAUUUUAA